AUGUUUUUGGAGUUUUUGGUGGUCUCAACCCUGUGUUUUGUUGCCACGUCUCAAAUUCAUGAUGGAUUUGUAACUUGUGGUUCGGUUGUGAAGCUAAAGAAUAAUCAGGAAGGUGUUCGUCUGCAUUCACAUGACGUAAAAUACGGAUCUGGUAGCGGUCAGCAAUCGGUAACUGCCGUACAAGAUGGAGAUGACGUGAAUUCUCAUUGGCAAAUCCUUGCCGCAAUGAAAGGAACUUGCAAGCGAGGAGAACAAGUGAAAUGUGGCAGUAAAAUACGUUUAAAACAUUUGACGACUGGUUGCUAUCUUCAUAGUCAUGCAUUUGCUGCACCACUCACAAAGGAGGACCAAGAAGUGUCAUGUUUUGGAAAUGUUGAAAGCGAUUCAGGUGAUAAUUGGGUAGUCGUGUGUAGUAAUGAUGCAUGGCUUAAAAAAGAUGCUGUGAAACUAAAGCAUGAAGACACUGGCAAAUUUUUGGCAAUAAGUGGCAAACAGUACGGAAGACCUAUAAAUGGGCAGUAUGAGAUAGUAGCUAUUUCCACAUCGAAAAAUGCAGCUUUUUGGAAAACGGCUGAAGGUGUUUUCAUGAUAGGUUCAUAA